CACACCUCGCCUCCUAAUGACGUCACAGGAGUGUGACAAAAAAAGUGGGAGACAAACAUAGAUGUACAGAGGAACCGUUCACAUCACUGUUCCGUCAGACAUGAAGUAAUAAGCCGACUCGGGGGUCGGGUGGACAGUUCAGUCCGCAGGGUGCAGACUCAGAUCCCGUCAAGGUCCGAGUCCGAGAAGAGGAACACGAGCAGGGAGCAUGUCGGCCUCCAACACCGAUGUUCGUCAUGUUCACCAGUCAACGCAAUGUGCACAAGCCGAUCCAGCCGAGCGCAGGACGACUGUGGCGACGCAGCACAGUGUGACGGUCAAGCGGAAAACUCCGUCAGUGCAGGAGAACGACUGUCAGCGUGGACGUCAUCGAGUUGACAAGGACUCCUCUCGUCGACGUGUUUGCCGCAAUUUCAAGUCACCGUCCACAAAGCCGAGCUCGCGCCGUCGUCUUAUUACAAAUUCUGUUAUCGCUGUCCUCAGCUGUGAAGUUACACGAGUUGAGAGGAGCUGCGGGUCAAAGGUCGGACUGAGCAGCUGUGCUGCGGCGAGGAGCGGGAAGCUGAGCCGAGGCUACAGCCGCCGCCACAUGAGCGCCUCCGCUGUGUGAGCGGACCGCAUCACUUCCACAGCGGCGUGUCCAACACCGGUGGAGUCCGACUGUUGUCGGGGCAAAAGGUCACUUUGAUGCAGCAGGUAAAGUUAAUGUUGAAAUUCAGACCUAUAAAAGAAUCAGACGUUGAGUCACACGGCUGACAUUGACAAUAAACGCUCGGUUAAGGCAUCAAUUCUUGGAUGAGCUGGGUCGGAUGUUUCCUUGGUAGCGCUUGGCAGGAAUUACUACUACCAGGAAGUCAUUUUGAACUCUAAAACUUUGAUGUCCAGCCGCGUUCAGAAAAAUCAACAAGUAUCGGCAGUAGGUUAUAAAAUAUGAAUAUGGUCCGUCACUGCAUCGAUGCAGCAUCGUCCACGUCCGCAUGGCGAUGCAUCGUAGAAACCAUUAAUUUCAACACCCCUAGUAUCGGCUCGGUACAUAGUUUCGGGUACUCGCCGAUGCCGGACCAAGCGUUUUGUGCUGUCUCAGGUUUCGUGUAUUUACUAUGAUUUCCAGGGUCGAGACCAAGUCUGAAAAGUGGGAGGGGCCUAAAGACUAAGUCCUCUGCUCUGAUACUGGGCUGGUUCAUGCACAUUGGCAGAUGUUCAUCCACUGAAACUGUCCUCUGCUGCUGACGUCUACAUCUGCUGCCUGAAUUCAUCAACCACAGGGGAGAGAAAUGCAUCAGCACAAAAAGGCCCCGUGUCCACAUUUGAAGUUAAACCACGAAACACAUUGUUGAAUGAUAUAAAAUCUGCUCAGUUAGGUUCCAAACCGUGCAGCAGUGACGGCGCACAGCAGCGAGACCACAGCCAUGAAUCUGAAACAACUUGAGAUCACCGACGAGGAAUUUCCUUCCAACAGGCGGAAACGUUUCCGUAGUGGAACUCACGGAGUUGAAACUUUCAAAGAAGCAGAACCAGAAAUCUGAGAAUGUUUCCUCUAACGACCAUCUGAACAUUAUCUAAGUCAGCUUCCGUCAGGUCAAAAGGUUCCACUUGCUGUGUUAUAUCUAUACUUUUCCUUUGUGAGUCCUGACAGGAGCGUUGGAUAACAAUCCGGCUCUCAAGGCCGAUUCAUCUUGUGCCUUAAUCUUUUCUCAUCUCUCUUCUCUUCCUUCGCUCCCUUCAGAUUCCUCAAGUGAGCUACGCCUCCACGGCGCCAGAGCUGAGCGACAACACCCGCUACGACUUCUUCUCCCGGGUGGUGCCACCGGACACCUACCAGGCCCAGGCCAUGGUGGACAUCGUCAAAGCCAUGCGCUGGAACUACGUCUCCACCGUCGCUUCGGAGGGAAACUACGGGGAGAGCGGCGUCGACGCGUUCAUUCAGAAGUCUCGAGAGGACGGAGGCCUGUGCAUCUCACAGUCGGUGAAAAUACCACGUGAACCCAAAGCCGGAGAGUUCGACAAGAUCGUUCGCCGGCUGAGCGAGAACCCGAACGCCCGGGUCGUCAUCAUCUUCGCCAACGAGGACGACAUCAGACGCCUCCUUCUGGCGGCGAAGAAGGCCAAUCAGACGGGACAUUUCAUCUGGGUGGGGUCCGACAGCUGGGGCUCCAAGAUCUCCCCCAUCCUGAACCAGGAAGAGAUGGCCGAGGGCGCCGUCACCAUCCUGCCCAAACGACAGUCCAUCAAAGGUUUCGAUCGCUAUUUCAUCAGCCGCACAUUAGAGAACAACAGGCGGAACAUCUGGUUCGCGGAAUUCUGGGAGAACAACUUCCAGUGCAAGCUGAGUCGACACGCGGUGAAGAAAGGGUCCGGCAUCAAGAAGUGCACGAAUCACGAGCGGAUCGGGAAGGACUCCUCGUACGAGCAGGAAGGGAAGGUGCAGUUCGUGAUCGACGCCGUGUACUCCAUGGCCCACGCUCUGCACAACAUGCACAAAGAUCUGUGUCCUGGAAAAGUCGGCCUCUGCGCCAAGAUGGAAUCCAUAAAUGGGACACUGCUGCUCAAGUACAUCCGCAAUGUCAACUUCACAGGCAUCGCAGGCACGCCGGUGGUGUUCAACGUGAACGGAGACGCUCCUGGUCGCUAUGAGAUCUACCAAUACCAGAUGAUCAAUAACACCACGGAGUACAAGAUCAUCGGCCAUUGGACGGAUCAGCUCCACUUAAACACCAGCGAGAUGCAGUGGCCUGGCGGAUCACAAGAAGUCCCGUCCUCUAUCUGCAGCCAGCCGUGUCGUCCCGGCCAGCGCAAGAAGACGGUGAAGGGGAUUCCGUGUUGUUGGCACUGCGAGAACUGCGACGGUUACCAGUAUCAGGCAGACACUCACACCUGCAAGAUGUGCCGCUUCGAUUUGCGGCCUAACGGCAACCACACUGGCUGCGAUCCCAUUCCCAUUGUCAAGCUGGAGUGGAGCUCCCCGUGGGCCGUCAUCCCCGUUCUCAUCGCCGUCCUGGGCAUCAUGGCAACUCUGUUCGUGGUCGUCACCUUCAUACGCUACAACGACACGCCCAUUGUCAAGGCGUCGGGUCGAGAGCUGAGCUACGUGCUGCUGACGGGGAUUUUCUUGUGCUAUGCUACGACAUUCCUCAUGAUCUCCACUCCCGACGUGGUGAUAUGCUCCCUGCGUAGGAUUUUCCUGGGCCUGGGGAUGAGUAUAAGCUACGCAGCGCUGCUGACCAAGACGAAUCGGAUCUACAGGAUUUUUGAGCAGGGCAAGAUGUCGGUCAGCGCCCCGCGAUUCAUCUCGCCGGCGUCCCAGUUGGUGAUCACGUUCAGCCUGAUAUCAGUGCAGCUCCUCGGGGUGUGCAUCUGGUUCGGCGUUGACCCGUCGCAAGCCAUCAUCGACUACGAGGACCAGCGCACGGCCAAUCCCGUGAUGGCCCGAGGCGUUUUGAAAUGUGAUAUAUCAGACCUGUCGCUCAUCUGUCUGCUGGGCUACAGCAUGCUGCUCAUGGUCACCUGCACGGUCUACGCCAUCAAGACCAGAGGGGUUCCCGAGACCUUCAACGAGGCCAAGCCCAUCGGCUUCACCAUGUACACCACCUGCAUCGUCUGGCUGGCCUUCAUCCCCAUCUUCUUCGGGACAUCGCAAUCCGCAGAGAAGCUGUAUAUCCAGACCACCACCCUGACCAUCUCCGUGAGCCUCAGCGCGUCCGUCUCUCUGGGAAUGCUCUACAUGCCUAAGGUCUACGUGGUUCUCUUCCAUCCCGAGCAGAAUGUACCCAAGCGCAAGCGCAGCCUGAAGGCUGUGGUCACUGCGGCCACCAUGUCCAACAAGUUCAACCCCAAAGGAGGCCUGAGGCCCAACGGGGAGGCCAAGUCCGAACUCUGCGAAAGUCUCGAGACACAAGCGCUGGCCUCCAAGCAGACGUACAUAAGCUACAGUAACCACGCCAUCUAAGACUGAGGCGCCGCGGGAGAGGAGGCGAGGGGCCUGCCGGAGGAGGAAUCACCUGAUCCUGGGGAAACACUGGAGGACUUCAACGCUUCGGCAGCGGGGGGGGAGGGGGGGGGCAGAUGGGAAUGUGUCUCUCCAUGAGUAGAAGGGAUGUCACAUAUUUUUCUAGAGAAUCAGGGAAAAGGGCUUGAAUGCUAGAAUUGAUGAGAAUUUAACAGAGAUGUGCGGGAGGGAGUCGGGAGGCGUCAGGGAGAUUGGACAGGUCAUUUUCCUCUUCCCACCCUUUUCCCGAGACGAGUGACGUGUUGAUGCAGCGACGCUUUCCAGACGCGGGUCGAGCGAAGCGGCCGGAGCCGACCGUACGUUUUCCUCUUCAGAAACAUGUACAGCACACGAUUUCAGUUCUUUCUCCGAGGCUGACUCAUUUUCCUCAUCUCACAGGGGACAAACAGAACUCCGUCUGUCAAUUGCAGUUUACAAGAUGUAACAAUAUAAAAAUAUAUAUUUAUUAUUUUUUUGGUUACUGGUAUUAUUGGAGUUGGAAGCUGCAGUACUUGCCUUACUACAGUGCAUCCCACAUGAACCAAUCACACGUGGAAACAAAGCAGUGUUGUUUUUUUUUAAUAUAAGUGUUUCAUAAUGAUGAUGACGAUGAUGACGAUGCCACCAUCUUGGAUAAACCUAGUCCCAGAGCAUGCGUGUGGGAGCAUCACGUGUACUGUGCUGUGUUGUCAACGUCUAUGGAAUGCAACAUUUGUCAUGGUCGUCACUCACAGUGGAGACGUGUCACUCUGAACCGUCGCCCGCUGGGUUUCUCUCUCUGCUGAAGAGAAAAGUCAUCCCGAACACAAAAAAGGAGCCAAAACCUUUUUACGGUUUCACACCGCACAUUCAUAAAUGUCAGCCAGGACCUGGAGACUCGACCAUGCAUACUUUUCAUGAGCCCAGAUUUAUUGGCCCUUAUUUAUCAUGCGCUUAUUGGAGCCUUUUUAAAAGUCAAGCUGUUGGGGUGGAAGUUAAACCAAUGCAGCAGCUUCAGCUUCUUUAAAAUCCUCCCAACAUCCACGUUACCCACUGUUUCCUGUACGUUUUUUUUAGGAAUACCUUCUUUAUUUCCAUUGCAGAUGGUCUAGUGGAGACAUUAUAUUCUGUCAGUCAUGAAUAAAAUAAACACACCAGUCUAUCGUCGUACCAGAUGUAUUCAUUUUGAAGGUUGGAGGGAUGGUUAUGGAAACUAUUACACUGGGACCCUGUGAUUUGUGGUCGGUGCACAGAUUAGCUGAAGCGUGUAACACUGGGCUUAUUAGUCUGGGACUUUAAUAACUGGCUUUCCACAAAGCCAGUUACCGACGGACGCAGAGCAAAAUGCCUCCGGAUGCAAUCAGACAGACCUACAACCAGUGAGAGCACAGUCAUGGGUCGUCUGUUGAAGACAGACCAGAGCGGAGAGGAGACGUCUGUGAUGUCUUUGCGGAUGAAGAGUUGUUGUCUGUUGUGGGAGAUAUGUGAAAAUCUCUUGUUCUUUAAGUCAAAUACUCGUUCGUCAGCCAUCUUGGUGGCUUCUCUCUGCGUCACGGUAUAAACCCCGCCCAUUAUCAGAGAAGCGGUUGUGAUUGGACCGGCAACUUUUCUGCUGGAGGGGAAAUCACUUCCCAAUGGAGGAGAUCCAGGCCGUGAGUCUGACAGAGCAAACUAAACAACUUCCCAGAAUUCAUCUGGGUCCCGGGCUACAGAUUAACUGUGCUUCUUGCAAAAGCUUUUUUUUCUUCCUCCCUCCUCUGCAUCAUGAAUUUCUAUAACUGCGGUAGAAAUGAUUACCGAGUUUUAAUAGUGAUUUGGUUGCAGAAUUAGCCUCAUGCAGCUGCUCAGCAGGGAGAUCCAUUUGGAGGAGUUGCCAGCACCGCUCCGUCAGAUAAGUGCAGGAAGAUAACGAGGUGGAUGACACACUGUAACGCAGCGUGUGUGUGUGACUGCAUUACCCUUUAACACACUCAGUGUUUGUUCAUAUUUAAAUAUUUUCCUCAGUCCCAGAGAAAAAGCGUUUUUGUAAAUUGUGCACUUUUCACCUGUGCAUAUAUUUAACAGUCACUUCAUUAAGCCGAAGACUUUGUUGCAGUCGGCAACCAUCAGAGUCAAUCACAGAGCAGAUCCCGCUGAGGAUCAACAGUAAAGUCUGAAGCUCCACAUUUAACCUCAUUCAGCUCAUAACCGUUUUAAUUUUGUCCAACACUAAUGCACUCUUUGUUUAAAACACUGACUUAACAAGGAGACACAUUCUGCUCAUAUUCAGGUUCAUAAUGUUAAUUUGGGUUAUUACUAUGAAAAGGUUUACCGGCUCUAAUGUACAGUAAACACAUCAGUCUGCUGCUGCUCCUCUUUCACUGCCUCUGUCUGAAACACUUAUUUUUAGCUCCUGUCUCUUUAAGGCCCCUUAAAGAGACAGUGUGUAAUUUUCUGGCGGCAUUUGGUGGUAAAGUUGCCAACCGCAACCAACUGAGCAACCAACAGGGGACGCAUUAUGGCGGCCGAUUCCAUUUCCUUAUUCUGGAUCGCUUUGUGCUACAACCGUAUUCAACACGACGUAGCAAACAUAAAGACUUGCGUUAUGACUUCAUUCAGCUCAGCAAUACGCCGAUGACCGCCAUGUGAACCUGGCAGCUCAGGACGGGACGUGAUGGCGAGGUGGGGUGAGCUUAAGGGUCCCGGUUGGGGGGGUUGGACAACAUGGUCUGUCAACGAGUUGACAGAUUUAUCAUCUAGUGUGGUGAAUAUUAGACUUAUGUGUGUCAGGCGGUCAGGGAGGAUGACACAAACAUGACACCCAUGUUGUUCCAUGUUUUACCCAUGUAGGCAGUUGGUUUGCUAACAUGUUGAUGAGUCAGUCGCGUCUCUGGUUUGUGUUCCAUCAAUUCCUUCUGCACCCGAGUGGGAAAAAUAAACCUCAAUGCAGCUUUAAACUUCUACUGAGAUGACAUUGCUAGAUUUUCACAAAUCUGACAACCUUUCAUUUUCUGAUGAACUAGGUGGAUUAUAGCUGCUUGAUAAAUAAGGGCCAGUGCCUUCAUUCUGUGCAUCAUACCCAAUAAAUCAGCCCCGUCCUUCUUUCCGUGGAUCCAUCACCUCUCCAGUGUGUUCCGUUUAAAGAUAUGGACCAAAAAACUAAAUCUACACUUUGCAAUCGUGUGUGUGUGAACCGUCCCUGAAGUAUUUGUCAUCAACUCUGGAAAUUUGUCUCAUUAAUCGUUGGCCUCAGCAAUGCAAAAAUCUGUAUGUUGCAUGUCGUAACCCAUAACGCGUCGUGUGAACACUCUUAGAGAAAAGGUGUAAUGUCCAGAAGGAAAACUACUGCAGAGGAUGAUGAAUAACUAAUAUUUUUGGUUUAAUAAAUGAUUCUCUCAGCUGCAACAACGAGAGUCCAACAUGUUGCCGCAAGUGUUUUUCUCAUCAUUUGAUAAAAGUAUUGUUUGUGGGAUUGUUUGUGUUUGUGAAUAUGAUGAUUUAAUGCUCUUUUUUUUGCCACAAACCCUGUUUCUUUUGCCCUGAAACACGUUGUCUGUGUUACAAAAUAGAAAAUGUAAGUGCUGAUUGAAUUUAAAUGGCAAGUUAAUGUACGUUAUUCAAAUGGAUUGAUCAUGUCUGCUUUAUGUACUGAAUUAUUUAAAAAAAGAAGAAGAAAGAUAAAAUUAAAAAAAAAAAAAAAAAAG